AUGACCAAGUACUAUUUUCACGCCCCGAACUUCGAUUCGAAUCCUGAAAGCGACAGUGCACCCCAGCUUGGAAGCAUUCUCGCUAACUUUAAUGACUUUGAUCCCAUUCUGAAUAAAAACAAUGUUCAGUACAUCCCCGAGUCCUCCCAGAACAUGAGCGCAUGCCACAACUUCACAGACACCGACAACCGAGCCACCGAAGCAGGAGUUGGUUUAUCGGCCACGGCUGCUGAAGGACUUCUAGGUGCAGCGGACGUUAUCUACUCCUUUCUCUCAAACAAGAAAGUCGUCUAUGAGUGUGAAACGUUGACGACGACUGAAUUCUCCCCCGACACGGACUUUAUUCAUGACAGCAUCAUGGCAUCGCUAAAUGUCCAAGAGUUCAUCGAUUCCUCCGUCUUCGGCAAUAAGAAGGUCUACAUGGUCACUGGCCUCAAAAUUGCAACUGGUUUCAGCAGUUCUACUAAGACUGGGACACAGCACCGCCCCUGUCUCAAGAUCAGCGGCAGUGGAGCUGCUUUGGGUGUACCUGUAGAAGGAGGACCAUCCAUCAACUUCGCGAUUAGUCGCGAUCGGAUCACUGGAAUUGGAAAAACUGCAAACAAGAUUAUAUUUGCCUAUAAGGUAGUCUGUAUCAAGAUGAAGUCGGACGGGGAGAUUGAUUACAGCUACAAGCGAGGUGGAAAAUACAGUGUGGAUGGCCGCAAUGACGAAGAUCAGGCCGCUCCGGCUGAAUGGGAAGUUGACGAUGUUGAUGAAAGCUGGUUGGGAGGCCUUGACUACGAUAUCAUCCAAGUGGAUCAAGUGGAUCAAGUGGCUUGA